GGGUGAGGCCCCGAGGCAUUGGCGGGGAGAGGCUUCCGCACCUCAUUCUGACGGGACGCAGGCAACGCGGGCGGCAGGGAUGAUGGGGCUCUCCGUACUCCUCUUGCUGGGCCUGGCGCUCAAGGCCGGAGCUGAGACAGUGUCUUUGGCUUACACCCCGCACUUGGCUUCUGAGAAUCUGGGAGGUAAGCUCACCGCCUCCACCUUCACCCUGGACCAGCCGCGCUGCGUUUUCAAUGACGUUGUCAAUGACACGGAUAGGAUCUGGCUGGUGGUCGCCCGCAGCAAUGCCGUCAGCAACUUCACCCGGCCCCGUUCCCCGAGCGAGUUGCCUUUCCAGUCCUUGGAGAAGAACGGCUUUUACAUGACACUGAGCACAGCCCUAGACGGCUAUCCGUGCCCGGAUCCAGCCACAGGAGCAGGCGGGCAGCUGACCGUCCUGCGGGUGGGCAACGAGGUCCAGUGCAUCUCCGACCCUGCACGGCCAGACUGCAACGGGCCCCUCCCUGGACCGGGACCCUACCGGGUCAAGUUUCUGGCCGUGAAUCCCGACGGGGUGACGGCGGAGUCAGCGUGGUCGGAGGACAUCACCCUGGUCCAAGCACGGAGCCCGGAAACCAUCGACGUGUCUCCGGGACGGAGGAGCGACUCGACCAUCGCCAUCGCCUCCAUCCUCUCCAUCCUCUUCGCCAUCUUGCUGGCCGCCCUGAUUGCUGCCCUGAUCUACAAAUAGUACGUUUGGGGCCCAAGUGAGGCGUGGAA